ACGAGAGGAAGAAGCCAUCAAUAUAUAUGUGUAUAUAUAUAACCAUGAGAGCUAGCGUUGAGCGAUCAAUCGAUCAGAGGAAGAAGCAACAAGCGUACAGAAAGGAAGAAGAACAUUUGUGAUCAUCAUGUCGUCGUCACUCGUCAAGACGAACAACGCGACCCAGGCCGUGUGCGCUGCUGCUCUUUGCAUCGUGCUUGUGAUCAUGUCAUCUACUGCGAUCUCAGCCAUUCAAGAAAUUGAGACGCUAUGCGACCCAGUGAAAGACGGAGUAUGUGACGCGCGGGGAGCGUGCGGCCAUGGAUGCGUAGAGAAGGGCAUCAAGCUCAAGUAUCAGCUGGUGAAGGCUACUUGCGAGAUGCAUCUUAACCCUGUAGAGUGCUGCUGCACGUUUCUGACUCCUCCUCCGGGCGUCGUCGUCACCAGCGGUGGUGUUGGUGCAGCAGUUGCGGUGGAAGACGAUAUAAUGCAUGGCACACCUCUUGGUUGAGCAGCUUUUAAAUCCUAAAUAAAAUGCACUUUGCAUAUAAAGCAUCCAUGAUAUAUGUUGGAUCCAAUUGCAAUAUAUAAGUGUGCCUUUUUGUUC